UAAAACAGACCUACAGAGCUUAGUAUCAAUAAAAUGUACAUAUUAUACCAAAAGUGGCUUGAAGAUGAGCAUCCAAAGGAGAGAAUGGUGACCUUGUCAUACUAUAGGAGUGUAUUUAAGGAGGAUUUCCACCUCCGACCACUGGGUGGAAAUGCUGAUGCUGCAUGCAUGAGUGAAGUCAAGAGAGAUAGACGCCUACGCUUACAAAGGCCUAGGAUUGCUCAGGAAAAGAAUAAUCAAGAUCCAACAGUCCACACCAUAGCUAUGGACUUCCAGCAAACUCUUCCUACUCCAAGGACUUAUGCAGGUGACAUCAGAUUGUCUGCAGAAUCUCCCUGUCAUGAGAUGGAGGACAUAAAGCCACAAGUUUUUCUACAUCAAGAUAGUGAUGGAUCUGAUGAAUCAAAUGAUGGGAUUCCCUUUGAAUUCAUUGAAGUUAAAGAUGAGCCUUUGGAUGACAAUGGAGAUAUUGAUUAUUAUAACGAGGAUGUCAACCCACUGGAAAUUAAGGAAGACUCUUCCUGAUAUAUUUGGUAGUCAGGACUAGCAGCUUUGUGGUUACACAAAAUACUAGGACUCUGCAUUGGACCCAAUGUUGAAAUCAGGCCCUUAGUGCAAAGUUUGGGUAAUAGUUAUUCCAGAUAUCCCACUUUUACUGAGGAUCCACGGGUAUAACAUUGGAGAAAACGAAAGUACAGGUUUAAGCAGUCAUUAUUUAUUCCUGUUUUUAUUUGUAAUGAAUUUAGACAAAGAAAAGUAAAGUGGAAAAAAAAUAUUUGUUACAUAUGCAUCGUGCAAUAUGUAUAAAUGUGUGUGUGUGUAGGGGGGGGUGUGUAUCAAAAGUAUUUAUAUAAUAUAUAAUUAUAAGCCACACAAUUUUUGGGGGCGAGUAAUUUUUGAAUGUGCUAUAUUGAACAUAUGGCUGUGAGAACUAGGAAUGCAAGAACAGAUGGGUUAAGCAGAAAUAUUCUGUAAAUUGUUUAAAUCAAGUAUGAUACUUCUGUUCUUGUUUCAUAUUUAUACAUUUUCUUCCUGUACUGGAGUUAAUAAAUGAAUUAUAUUUUC